UUGGUGUUAAAGAAGCGUUUUCGUUUCAUAAUACCCACUGUUUUUUUUUUCCACAAAAAUCGUGAUUUGGAACAUUGUUGCCAAAACAAGAAAACAACGUCAAUCGAACAAAUUAGAAAAGAAAGAAACAUAGUACUCGGUAAUAUUCGUGCACCCUCGCAUCAUGCCCUUUGAUCCUAAAAUAUAGCAGCCUUCAUCCUCUGAUGGGUUUUUGAUAAAGCAACCGUUUUUGUCACUGGAUUUGGAAAACAGCUAGUUCCCAUGGAGGGGUUGGUGAGUUCUGGGAUCAACACCAUUCGUGUUUUUGGUGUUACAAAGCACCAAUCUCGUUUUCUUCCUUCAUCAACGCUUCAUCUGAGGAGUGAUAGAGUGUGUGGAAUUAGAAUUGGGGUUGAGGAGAAGAAGAAGAAGCCGUGUUUCGUUAUGGCUGCAUCUGUUGGGGGCUCCAAAGUGGGCCAUUUUGAGAACACACUCCCGUCCAAAGAGGUUCUUGAGCUUUGGAGAAAGGGUGAUGCUGUUUGCUUCGAUGUGGAUAGCACUGUGUGUUUGGAUGAAGGGAUUGAUGAGAUUGCUGAGUUCUGUGGGGCUGGAAAGGCUGUUGCAGAGUGGACUGCUAGAGCGAUGGGUGGUUCUGUUCCGUUUGAGGAAGCCUUGGCUGCUAGGCUGUCUUUGUUCAACCCCUCUUGGUCUCAACUUCAGAAUUUUCUUAAGCAAAAGCCACCAAGGCUUUCCCCUGGCAUAGAAGAGUUAGUCCAGAAGUUAAAGGCUAAUGGCAUUGCUGUUUAUCUUGUCUCUGGUGGCUUCCGUCAAAUGAUCAAUCCUGUUGCAUCAAUACUUGGAAUUCCAGAAAGCCAUAUUUUUGCCAAUAACCUACUUUUUAAGAGCUCUGGAGAGUUUCUGGGGUUCGAUACAAGAGAGCCUACUUCAAGGAGUGGAGGAAAAGCUGUUGCUGUCCAACAGAUCAAGAAGGCUCAUGGUUUCAAAACUUUAACCAUGGUGGGGGAUGGUGCUACUGAUAUGGAGGCUCGUCAACCAGGUGGUGCUGACUUGUUCAUUUGCUAUGCUGGUGUUCAACUUCGAGAAUCUGUUGCUGUGAAAGCUGAUUGGCUAGUUUUCAAUUUUAAAGACCUUAUAAAUUUGUUGGGGUAAUUUUUCCUUUUUCUUUUUUCUUUUUUGUUUUCAUUUGUUUUCUUCUGAGCCGGCGUGAGAAGUUUCCAAUAUGAAGAGGAUUGGGAUGUUGUCACCAUCUCACUGUUUGAAAUUUUUAGACUUUAUUUAAUGCAUAACAUAUAUUUGGCUAUGGUAUUAUUCUCUGUAGUUGCUUUUCAGCUGCAGACCUUUAGGAUUACAAAAGAGUGAGAAAUCGAAUAAAAAAACAUUUGGUGUC